AACUCUCUUCAACACAGCUCUGAAGAUUUGGGUUUUCCCACCUGCAAUGACUAGUUGCAAAAAACUUGAAGUUGAAUUGGAAGAUCCAACUCCACAGAAAUGGUGUGUUCCAUUGAAGGAAGAUACUUUUGCAAGUUUCAUGGCUAAAGGCAGUACAACAGUGCAUAAGAUUUUCGGUGAUGGGUCCCUGUUCAGUCCCUUGCUAUUUGGGAAAUUCUUUGAUCCUUCUGAUGCUUUUCCACUAUGGGAAUUUGAGUCUGAUGCAUUGUUAUCUAAGCUUCGGAGCUCCAGCCAGAGCACAGUCGAUUGGUUCCAAACUGAUGCAGAUUAUGUUUUGAAAGCAGAAGUGACAGGAUUAGGGAAAGAUAGUGCUCAAGUGUGUGUUGAAAAUGGGAAGUUAGUAGAGAUUAGUGGGCAGUGGAGGGAGCAACGAAACUCUAAGACAAAGGACUGGAGAAGCGGCCAUUGGUGGGAACAAGGGUAUGUUCGGAGGCUAGAAUUGCCUGAAAAUGCAGAUUGGAGGAAAAUAGAGGCACAUGUGAAUAAUGACAUACUUUUAGAGAUUAGAAUUCCAAAGAACACUUUGGACUGUGAUACUGCUCGAGGAAAUGAUGGGGCAAUCAAAGACUCUGAAUCUUCUUUAGACUAAGCCACAGAUCAUAAGGACAAAUUCAUGUUAACAUUACAAAAUCCCCAUGUGAUACCAAUACAUAAACAUAGAUUGCACGAGGAUAUGCUUUCAAGAGUCCUUUUGCAAUCGGGAUCUGAACAUUGGGAUGCAUCAAAUAGAUGAGAAAAAAAAGUGUGUUCAAAUUGUUUCUGUUGAACACAUAGUGAAUCAACUCUAUUUUCUAAAUGUUGUUGCCAGAAAGUGACUAGAAGGGAUAAACUACAUCUUCACCAGAAUUCAUUCCUUAAAC